AUGGCAGCUGUCCGUCGCUCUGCCAUUGGACCGAUCACCCACUCGUUGGAAUGGCCUCCGUUGCCUGCCUCGACCUUGUCUCGUGUCUUCGAGCCAACGACCGUUGCGGCAGCGAGCCACAUUCGCACCUAUGAUUAUUGGUCCCCAGGUGGCUGCCUCCCUCAAACUGUUCACAGUCCUGCCUCGGAUUCCGGUUCGGGCUCGUCUGGAGCGACCACUCCACUUGCCGAUUACUAUUACCAGCAACAGCAACAACAACAGCAACAACAGCAAGCGUUCCAUCCACAGCCACAUAUUAUGCUACAAGAUGAGGAAGACGACUUCUCCCCACCAAAUUCUGUCGGCUCAAGCCAACACUCGACCCCUGCAUUGGGAGCCAUCCCCUUGCCAACGGCACCUCUCUCAGACAAGCAUCAGGCUAUUCUCAGCAGCUUUAAAUCUCCUAACACAGAUAUACCGAACACGACAGUACCUCCUCGGAGCGAAAACGAGCGGUACCACUGCACAGAGUGCUCAAAGACGCUUUUGGGUUUUGACGCAGAGACGCGGCACAAAGCGUGGCAUCACCUACAAGAAAGACGCCGGAGGAUUCAGCGGCACGAGUCUCAAGAACACAAGUCAGACACAAGUCCGCAGCCAGGUCACAAGAGCUAUGUCGCAUGCAACUUUUGUCGAUCGAUGGGAUCAGCAAAGACGGACCAGGAAGUUACUAUUGCCCCGCAUACCCCUCUCGAUGGAGAUAAUGGACUAAAUUCAAACUCGAUAAACUAUAGACAACACCCUUCCAAGUAUCCAGCUCAACAUGGGUCAGUAGAGCUACAUGAAGCGCGAAAUUACCCGCAUUUGGAUCAUCAAAGCACAGAGUUCUCCAACGAUUCCUCUCUCGCUGCUUUUUCCGCAACUAGGUUGACUGGUGCGUUGCCAGUCCGACACGAACAGCUGCCAGAAUUGUCACUUUCCGCAACUUCCCCAGUGAACAUAGCCGAAGACAUUGAGCAGUGGGCUAGAGGCGUGCCAAUAAGUGCGGAAGAGAUGGAUGGAGGCCACGGAGAGGCGAACGAGAUGUCAUCAUAG